UGCAUUUCUUCUCCUAGACGCGCUGGUGUGCAUCAUGAUCGAGCGACCAUACGAGCCUCGACUUCAUCAUCCGCUCAUGAUUCUCUAUCCGCUGUUAGAUAUAGCAGAAGAGUUAAUGGUUUGUGAGUAUCACAAGCGCUGCUUCAACGUGCGCGGCACGCGACACGCGUCGCGUGUUAAUUGCGCUUGCUGGUGAUGGUGCACCGCACCCUGCAACGCGGUCGGGGCGUGUGC